CUGCUGUGCUUGGUGGAGAGGAUUGUUCAUGUUCGGUCGUGGAGAGAGUCCUAUCUGAGGUGACACACCGAGGAGGCGCAGUCAUUGACGGGGCAAACCGUAAAGUGAAUCGGUGUGGCGUAAUCCAAAGUCGCCCUCUAAACGCGAGGGUGGCGAGGAGGGACGGAGAGAAAAAUAAGAAUUAAAUCCCUCCCUGCUCUGACAAGGAGGAUAGACUGUCCAUUUCAUCGCAAAGAUGGGGAACCGGGGAAUGGAGGAUUUGAUUCCUCUGGUGAACCGCAUGCAGGAUGCCUUCUCUGCCAUCGGUCAGAACGCGAACCUGGACCUGCCCCAGAUCGCCGUGGUGGGGGGCCAGAGUGCGGGGAAAAGCUCGGUGCUGGAGAACUUCGUCGGGAGGGAUUUCCUUCCCCGUGGUUCUGGCAUUGUGACUCGCCGUCCUUUGGUUCUGCAACUGAUUAACAGCCCCACAGAACAUGCCGAGUUCCUCCACUGUAAGGGCAAAAGGUUUACCGAUUUUGAUGAGGUCCGGCAGGAGAUUGAGGCAGAGACUGACCGUAUCACCGGGGCCAACAAGGGCAUCUCCCCUGUGCCCAUCAACCUGCGUGUCUACUCCCCUAAUGUGUUGAACCUGACCCUGGUGGACCUGCCGGGUAUGACCAAAGUGCCGGUGGGCGACCAACCUGCAGACAUCGAGUCCCAGAUUAGAGAAAUGCUGAUGCAGUUUGUCACCAAGGAUAACUGCCUGAUGCUGGCCGUUUCCCCGGCCAACUCUGAUCUGGCCAACUCUGACGCUUUAAAGAUUGCCAAAGAGGUCGACCCUCAGGGCAUGAGGACCAUUGGUGUGAUCACAAAACUAGACCUGAUGGAUGAGGGGACAGAUGCUAAGGACAUCCUGGAGAAUAAGUUGCUUCCACUCAGGAGGGGUUACAUCGGUGUGGUGAACAGAAGCCAAAAGGACAUUGAUGGCAGGAAGGACAUCAAUGCUGCUAUGGCUGCUGAGAGGAAAUUUUUUCUCUCCCACCCUGCAUAUAGACACCUGGCCGAACGUAUGGGAACUCCUUACCUCCAGAAAGUCCUCAAUCAGCAACUGACCAACCACAUCCGGGACACCCUGCCGGGUCUGCGGGCCAAGCUGCAGAGUCAGCUUCUUUCCAUAGAGAAGGAGGUGGAGGAGUACAAGAACUUCAGACCCGACGAUCCGUCUCGCAAGACCAAAGCUCUGCUCCAGAUGGUGCAGCAGUUCUCUGUGGACUUUGAGAAGUGUAUAGAAGGCUCCGGGGACCAGAUUGACACAGCUGAGCUGUCAGGUGGUGCCAGAAUCAAUCGCAUCUUUCAUGAACGCUUUCCCUUCGAACUGGUCAAGAUGGAGUUUAAUGAGAAAGAGCUCCGCAAGGAGAUCAGCUACGCCAUUAAGAACAUUCAUGGAAUCAGAACUGGCCUCUUCACCCCGGACAUGGCCUUUGAGACCAUAGUGAAAAGGCAGAUUGGGAAGAUUAAAGAGCCUUGCACCAAAUGUGUGGACAUGGUCAUUUCUGAGCUAGUCAAUACGGUUAGGCAGUGUACCAAGAAGCUGGCUCAGUAUCCAAUGUUGAGAGAGGAGAUGGAGAGAAUCGUCACCCAGCACAUCAGGGACAGAGAAAGCCGUGCAAAGAACCAGGUGUUGCUGUUGAUAGACAUUGAGUUAUCCUAUAUGAACACCAACCAUGAGGACUUCAUUGGAUUUGCCAACGCUCAACAGAGACUCAACCAAAUGAACAAGAAGAAAGCAGCUGGCAACCAGGAUGAGAUCAUGCCGGAGAGAGGAGUUAGCGAUCGGUUUAAGGUGAUCAGGAAAGGUUGGCUGACCAUCAACAACAUCAGCAUCAUGAAGGGAGGAGCCAAGGAGUACUGGUUUGUCCUCACCGCAGAAUCGCUGUCUUGGUAUAAAGACGAUGAGGAGAAGGAGAAGAAGUACAUGCUGCAGGUGGACAACCUGAAGCUGCGUGAUGUGGAAAAAGGCUUCAUGUCCAGCAAGCACAUCUUUGCCCUCUUCAACACCGAACAGAGGAAUGUGUAUAAAGACUACCGUCAGCUGGAGCUGGCUUGUGAGACUCAGGAAGACAUUGAUGCUUGGAAGGCCUCCUUCCUCAGAGCUGGAGUUUAUCCUGAACGGGUCACGGAGAAAGAAGGAAAGAGUGAAGGCAGUGAUGAAAAUGGCUCUGACAACAUAAUGCACAGCAUGGACCCUCAGCUGGAGCGGCAGGUGGAGACCAUUCGUAACCUGGUUGACUCCUACAUGGCCAUCGUCAACAAGACCGUCCGCGACUUGAUGCCGAAGACAAUCAUGCACCUCAUGAUUAACAAUACUAAAGAAUUCAUCAACGCGGAGCUGCUGGCCCAGCUAUACUCGUGCGGCGACCAGAACUCGCUGAUGGAGGAGUCUCCGGAGCAGGCCCAGCACCGCGACGAGAUGCUGCGGAUGUACCACGCCCUGCGGGAGGCCCUCAACAUCAUCGGUGACAUCAGCACAUCCACCGUAACCACCACCAUGCCGCCUCCCGUGGAUGACUCCUGGCUGCAGGUGCAGCGGAGUGGCUCCGGAGGAAGGUCUCCAGCCACAAGUCCAACUCCAAACCGCAGAGCUCCACCGGGACCUCCGGGCCGCCCGCUCUCCCGUGGGCCUCCACCUGGGCCUCCUCCCGCUGGGGGACCCCCGGUCCCGUCUCGCCCGGGGGCUUCUCCGGACCCUUACAGUGGGCCACCACCAACCGUGCCCUCCCGGCCUAACCGUGCACCCCCAAAUGUGCCCAGAAUCACUAUCACUGACCAAUGAGGACUAACGUUUCUGUCGGAGACCCCCACCUUCUCCAACCCACUAGACCUCUGAGCUCCUCCCCAUCUCCAUCUGUCCGUCCCACCUCCAGAUGCGAGGCCAUGGACAACAGUGCCACCUUCCUGUCAUUUUCUGCCAUACCCGACCUGAGCCGGCUCCCUUCUCCUGCUCCUACUUUUCCCUUACAAGUCACACAUACACACACAUACACACACACACACACACACACAGAAUCGUUGAAACAUACCUGCAUGACUGACAUACAAACAUGCUGCACCCCUCUACUCAGAAUUUAAGUAAACUAUAUAGAGAAUAUAAGAUAAUUGAUACAUUUUUGAGUGUAUGCCCAGAUGUGCAUGCACACUGCUUACAUAAAAACACACACAUAUACUGUAUAAAUACAUACAGAAUAUGUGUUCCUGCUGUUAAACCUAAGGUGGGAGACAUUUGCAUACUUAGCAUGACACUUUACCUGGGUAUCACAUUAUACUUCAGUCCUUGCAAUGGGUAUUCUGGCUGCUGACUUACUUUGUUCUUUCCUCUUUUUAACAUUUGUUUGUCAUUUGUUUCUCUUAUGUUUUUUUUUCCUGAUUUCUUUAAAAAAAGAAUUUGUUCACUUGUUUGUUUUACGAAAAAGGGGGAAAAGAAUCACAGACUCCUCGCUCCCAGAUACCUGGACAGACAAGAGCUGCUGCUCCUCAACCUCCCCGGCCCACCCCUCCGCCUCCUCCUCCCCUUGCAUUAGAACUGAAGCAACAUCUGUUGUAGUAUCCAGAAGGCGUCACUGUCACUAAAUUCACCUGGGUCAUAACUUUCCUGUGUAGUAGAGUCAUUCUGAGUGGACAGCACAAAAAGUUCACUGUGUCACAUCACUGCUUUCGCAGAACCUAUGCAACAAUGAAAAUGUUUUGUUUUUUUGGCUCAAAGAUUCGCCUCCCAUGGCCCUUUUCCCACUUUCCUCCUCAUCACAAAUACAUUGUCAAUGCAUUAUCUUAUCGAGGCGGGGUCUAGAUAAAAAGUGCAAUAUUUGGAAUAUCCUUCCAUCAGUCACACAAGAACUAGAGUUCAUUUCCACUGAGAGGAAGGGAAUCUGUGGCCUGGGUGCAAAACACCCAGAGACUGUUUGAUAGUUCCUUAUACAUCCUUUUUAUUCAGAGGGAAUGAGGUCCCUAAUGGGAAAGGUUUCAAAUAAUUGGUGUUUCUAAGUUAGUUCCAAUCAAAUUAUGCAUUGAAUCCUCUGAUAUACUGACUGGGACAACUUUGAGCAUUUUAUCCAGGUAUAUGAUCCGCAUGUAUUUUUUUUCUCUUUUUUUCUCAUUUGUUUUCUUUUUUUCCUUCUCAGUGGUCACGUUGGUGAGUGAGAACAUGAAAACAGCCAGUCUAUGCAUAAAGCUAUCAAAACGCUCCUCCUGUUCCCCCUCGCAUUGCUGGCUGAGAACCUGUGAGUGCAACCACUUUUCAACUGUUCUGCAACUGAACUUUGCUGUCAGUGUGAUGUGUUGUAUUUCGUCCCCAAACUAAAAUGAGCAACCCACCAGUCGUAAAAACCCAUCUCUGAACCUAAACUGAUGUAAUUUUAACCAUUUAAAAAAACACUUCAGUGACCCCUUGUGCAUCUUAGUACUCCAUGACUGCAACUCAAACACAACAAAGUAUAUUGUACUUAUUAUUUAACAGUAAAUAUGGACAUAUCUUAAUGUGUUAUUAUGUAUAUGUGUGGUGCAUCUUAUAAGAAUUGUACUUUCACUGUCUAGAGAAUUUAGUCUGCUGAAUAUUUAAAUUAUUAUGAAUAAAUGACUAUGUGUAUAAGGAAAUAUUCGAAAAACGUAUUAAAAUGUGUAAUUCACACUACCGGUCAAAGGUUUGGUGUCACUUACAAAUUUCCUUACCACUCCAUUGUAGACAGAAUACCAGCUGAUCUGGGUGCGUGGCUGAUCUUUAAUGUAAUAUCUGCAUUGCCCAUUAUCAGCAACCAUCCGCCAAUGUUCCAAAGGCACAGUCUGUUUACUAAUCUGAUAGUGUUUUAGAAAACUAAGGAAACAUUGGAGAAUCCUUUUGCAAUUAUCUACGCACAUAAUGUAAUCUGAAUUUUGUAUUCUGUCUGUAAUGGAGUGCAAUGGAAAUCUCUAAGUAACUCCAAACGUUUGACCGGUAGUGUACGUGGACAUUGGCAGGUUGUUUGAUACUCUAGCUGGUAGCAGAGGUUUGUGUUGUGUUUUUCUUGUUUCUCUAUGUGUAGAAGAGCAGAAAGGGACAGUGUGAAUGUGUGAAGUCCUGCAACAACCAGGUUCUGCAUCUUGUUUAAACUGCUGUGGCGGGAAGGAUGACUUUACGCCGCAGGACUACUGUGCUUUGUCAACACAUUAAAAACCUCUGUGAACUGAA